AUAUAGACAUUAGCCCGGCCCGUUUCCUCCCUCACUCCCUCACGCUUUCACGGUUCUGGCAGAACCAACAGAGGACAGCCAGAAACAGGGGAAGCAGGACAGACGCCACAGCAGGAGGGCGGGCGUCGAUGAGGCUGACGGUCCGCGGAAGGUCGGAGAGGCAGGCAGCUGUUGGCCCGGGGAUAAAGAGUGGCCGAGAGAGACACGGCCACGGGGGAGUUAGAGGGGAGAUCGGAACAGAGAGAGACGGAGAGCGUUAGCAAGAACAGAGAGGGAAAGGGGGAGUUUCCGGCGCCGCCGCGCCUCCACCUCAGCCGUCAACCCUCGCCGACACGCCUCGUUUUCUCACGGGAGUCAUGAUGGAUAUGCCCAGAAACAAGCUUGCGCAGGAAGAGAAGACGCCUUUAGCUAAGCCUAAAGGCACAGUGAAAACCAUAGAGUGUCCCGAUACAGGUGAAACGAUCCAUUGCGUCGACAUCCUCAGGCAACCCUCCUAUGAUCAUCCACUUCUGAAGAAUCACAUCCUCCGGAUAAAACCGAAGUCAAGCCAGAAGUCAUAUGAGGCAUUAGUAUCCGAAGGCAAGUUCGUUCAAGCUUGGUGGAAAUAUGGAGAGUGCCCUGAAGGAACGGUCCCCAUUGCAGCCAGCAAAGGCACACCUACGUUAAAAAAAUCACACCCAUCUUUGCGUUUCAACAAAUGAAGAGAGUCAGUCAAGGCCAACUUGACCUGAUCCAAGCUGCUGGUCAUGAAGUAUGCGCAGUCUGAAGAAAAGAAAUGUUCUCAAGACCGUCACCUUUGAGUUCAUUUUCGUCACAUAGAUGCGACAUCACAACUACAGCUCAAUUAGUCAUCUUUCAACUCGAUUAUUUCAUCUUUCUUAUUUGCUCUUUUGAGAAGACAAUAUUGCUUUUCUAAAGCUUGGUUUAGAAAGUACUUGUAUUUGCAGUUUUCCAUACUGAAAUCAUUUGCAAAUGAAUAUCAGUAUGGCCUCGUAAAGCUGUUAGAACAUUGUGUGGACAUUGAAUGGCAAAGGGGAUUUCCUUAAGAA